UAACCGUCGGUUGUGACUGCUUAGCUGCUUUCGCUUUUUAACUCACUUUAACCGUGGAUGUAGUUCGAGAUUUACAUUUGAGAUAAGUUCAACCUUUUGAAAUGUAUAUAUUUACGUUUACGCUGUGUAAUAUGGGUAUUUUGGGCUACAAAAAGUAACUUUCCAGUUGUUGAGCGAGAGAAGUUUCUCCCUCAGUUCAGCCCCGCCCAGCAGAACUGCGCGUGAGGAAACAGCAUUUACAAGUGAAUCCCUCAUUGGGCCUGUAGUUUCUCAUCCUGUGCCUUUUCACUUUGCUGUAAUAUAGAGGAAAUCACCCUAAAAUAUAAUCUCUUACCAGAUCCUCUGUGCGUUUAAGACUUUAUGGAUGUCUGUAAAACCUAGAGAUGGCUUGCAGUGACAUGGAGAAGCUCAGCCUUGAUGAUGUCUAUGAUAGUGACCUCUCCGGCUGUGCGGCAGCCAUGGAGAAAGAAAGGGAGUCCUAUCUGAGCCCGACAGAGAACCCCUCCACCAUCAGUGUCUCUGCUAGUAUCCCUCCAGACCAGCAAGGCUAUGACGUAGAGUUUGACCCUCCGCUUGAGAGCAAGUAUGAGUGCCCUAUCUGUCUGAUGGGUCUUCGGUCGGCAGUACAAACACCAUGUGGACAUCGAUUCUGCAACUCAUGCAUCAGGAAGUCCAUCAGGGACACAGGGCAGAAAUGUCCAGUUGACAAUGAGGUGCUGCUUGAGGAACAGCUCUUCCCUGAUAACUUUGCCAAACGAGAGAUCCUCUCACUUACUGUCCGAUGUUCUAAUGUAGGAUGCAGUGAUAAAAUGGAAUUGCGUCAACUGGAGAAACACUUGUCUCAGUGUAAGUUUGCCACAGUGCCAUGCCCUCGGUGUCUGGAAUCUGUUCGUAAGAGCCAUCUGGAUGAACACAAGAGCGAGCAGUGUUUACAGCGGCUUAUGACCUGCCCUGCCUGUGCAGGGAGCUUUGUGUAUGCUAGCAAACAGAUUCAUGAACAGAUUUGUCCUUUUGCCAAUACAGUGUGUGAAUAUUGCGAAAUGGAGCUUAUUCGGGAUCAGUUGGCAUUGCACUGUGACACAGACUGUCUGAAAGCUCCUGUAGCCUGUACUUUCAGCACUUUUGGUUGUCAUGUAAAGAUGCCAAGAAAUGAACUGGCCCAGCACAUGCAGGAAUUUACACAGAUGCACAUGCGUUGCAUGGCUGAGUUUCUGCGUAGCCAGACUCUCAAUAGCUGCCCAGUGCCCUUAGUUGCUGCCCAUUCUUCGUCAGAUGAACGUGGGGCCUCUGCCCGAGCCCCAGAUUCUUGCCAGUGUAGACAGGAGCUGAUGAACCUGCGUGAGACGGUCUUGGAGCUGGAGGGCCGGCUGGUUCGUCAAGAUCAACAGAUUCGCGAGCUGUGCAUCCACAAUGAGACGCAGAAAAACCAGGUCACAGAGCUACGCCGAAAGCUGAGCUCACUGGAGGACGCCACCCGAGAGCUGGAAGCCCAGCAGUAUCAAGGCGUCUACGUAUGGCGCUUGGAGAACUUCUCAUUUCACCUGCGCAACCAAGAAGCUGGUCAACCCAUAGUCCUCCAUAGCCCGCCUUUCUACACUGGCCGGCCGGGGUACAAACUCUGCCUACGACUGCAUCUGCAAACUCCCAGCGCCCCUCGCUGUUCCAACUACAUCUCACUUUUCGUGCACACUAUGCAGGGUGAGUUUGACAGCCAGCUCUCCUGGCCCUUGCAGGGCACGAUCCGGCUGGCAGUGUUGGACCAGGUCGAGGGACAGCAUCACGUGGAAGUGAUGGAGACCAAGCCGGACCUGCAGGCCUUCCAGAGGCCCACUGUGCAGCGCAACCCCAAGGGUUUCGGCUAUGUCACUUUCCUACAUCUACAGGCUUUGCGGCAGCGUGGUUUUGUGAAAGACGACGUGCUGUUGGUGCGCUGCGAGGUCACACCACGAUUCGACGCUAGCCUCAGGAGGGAAGGGGUCCAACCUCGGGGGUCAGAACCUUCACUUUGAGUUCCUACAUCGCUCCUGCAUUCUUAAGUUCUCAUAAACACUUUGCUGAAACGAAAAUGUGGCAAAACCUGGACUUUCUUAGACUCUUAAUGGUACACCAGGUUUAGUAAUGAUGGUUUUACAAAGUUGCAUAACUCGUAUGUCUGUUGUGAAGUGUUUUUAUAUACAAAUUUUGUUUCUCAAAAACCUUUUAAUCAGUGCAAUCAAUAGACAAACCUACAUAGGAUUAGAAUCAGAAAUUCACUGAAUGUCCUGUCAACCAAGCUAAAGAGUGUAAAACUAUUAUUUGAAUGGUGCUGCUUGUGCUAAGUGUUAGCUUUCACAAAUUCUUUUCACGUUACUACAUUCAAUGCAAAUUUUUGCUGCCUGUUCUGCCUUCUCAACAGUGUGGAAAGAAAUUUUUGCUAUUAUUUUAUUUUUAUUUUUUUUCAUAAUGUACUUAAUUUUCAUUUAUUUGACAAGAUCUGACAAUUUAAAGCAUCAUUAGUACAGAGCAGCACUGUCUACUGUGAUUAUACUAUAUGUCGUGCAUUGAUCACUUGACAACUUAAAAAUGUCUUAAGGUGCGGUUACAUUUGUGAAAUUUCAAUGAAAAAUUGUUAGCGAUACAUGAAGUGUAGCUCACAAAGAAUUUCCUUUAAAACCAGGCAACUCUCUGUUGGUUAAUGGAGUGAAUCUGCCUGGGGAAAUCUUUCGCCCUCUUAUGAAACUCCCAGUCAUUUGAAUGCAAGUCACUCCCAGUUACUGGAUUUUACACAAGAAAAUUCGCCAAACAACAGUAAAUGUGAUCACACCUUAAUGCAGAUGUUUGUCUUGACUUAAAGUUGUCAGCUGCUCAAAAUUUCUGAAAGGUGCAGUAAGUAACAAGCUUAGCCUAUAAACAAGACAAUACAUUAUUUUUUACCAAGUCAUCUUGUGCUCAAUAUUGCUAAUAUGUGUGAAUGUUCAACUUGCUUCAUUGAAAAACUUCAUCGACAACAUAAGUAUGAAUACCUUUUUAAUCAGAUGGACUAAUAUAUGCAAGUUAAUCUGAUAAUUGUAUUGACACUGGAAAUCUGACAAAAUCCUUUUUUCAUAUAAUGUUCUUUUUUACAUCACAAUAUGCAGUGCUCAGAUGUGUUAUGUCUUUAUAAAUUAUUGAAUGUCA